CUAUAAGCUAUACAUUGGACUAUCACAACAAUAACAAAAAAAAAAUGCUAAAUCUAGCUCGUGGAUAUAGUGGACCUUGUCCUCUGUCCGAUAAACAUUACAAACUUUAAACACAACAAUGUAGAUCAAAUAACGUGUCAAUUUAUUAAACAUAAAUGCAAUCAUUUGGAAAUAACUGAACCAAUGGAAACAAUGGCCUUUAUCACAGUUUUGGAAUUUCUACUAGCUUUGAUUGUGGAUUGGUACACCCUUGUACUUACUGGUGUACUUGUUUUAUUUUUUGUACCAGUGGUGGUUGUAAUUCUUUUUUAUGCUGUGGCAGUAUUUCUAUAUGCAUAUAAAAGUAGAAGGAAAGAUAAAUAUAAAGAAAAGGGGUGUUGGGCAGAACAUUUUUGGAAUAGUGCUAGAUUAUCUGUCUGUACAUUUCUAAAUUUAAUGGGAAAAUAUUGGCACGCACAUGAAGUGAUUGGCUUAGAAAAUAUACCCAGUAGGGGUCCUGCACUUCUCUGCAUGUACCAUGGCACGAUUCCAUUAGAUGUUUAUUAUCUACUUGCAAAACUCCUGCUGUACAAGAAGCGAAGGCUAAAAAUUAUUGUUGAUCACUUUUUGUUUAAAUUGCCAGGUUUAAAAUGUGUACUUGAUGUGUUUGGAUGUUUUACUGGCCCUGCCACAGAGUGCAUUAGAACAUUGCGGAAAGGUCAUUUACUUGCUAUAUACCCUGGUGGUGUUCGCGAAGCAAUAUUUUCAAGUGAUCAAUAUGAAAUAAAAUGGAAUAACCGAACUGGUUUUGCAAAAGUGGCAUUGGCAGCUAGAGUUCCAAUUAUACCUGUCUUUACCCAAAAUUGUAGAGAAUCAUUCAAAAUAAUUCAUGCUGGGCAAGGUAUAAGGCAAUGGAUUUAUGAAAAAACACGAAUUCCAUUGGUAUUGUAUUAUGGUGCAUUUCCAGUAAAAUUAAAGACAUAUAUAGGACCAAGAAUUGAAUAUGACGCAAGCAUGAGUCCGCAAGAAGUAGCCAACCUUUGUGAAGAUGCUAUCGCGAAAAUGAUCGAGGAUCACCAAAGAAUACCUGGCAGUGUUUUUGGUGGAUUGAAAGAUAGAUGGAUGCCAUUUUUAAAAAGAACUAAGACAGAAUAGAAUCUUUCUUUCUGUGUGUUGGCGUUUGAAUCUUAAAAUGAUCUUACAUAAUAUAUUAAUAAGAGUUUUUAUACAAAUACAUUAAAAUCGAAAAUAAGAUAUAUAGAUGCUACGGCAAUGUUAUUUGACUAAUAUUUUUAUAUUCUUUUUUUAUAAAAGUUUUUUUUUUAAUUAUUUAUGUAUACUUAAAAAUUUGACACACGCAAAUAUGUCUUGGUAUCCACCUUUGUGUGAAAUUCUUUGUUUUCUUUGCGUGUGUUUUAAAGUGCUAUUUUUAUCUACAAGAAAGUGUAAUAUAUGCAGAUUUUUGCGCCACACGUCAUUGUUUUAGAAUGUUUUUGUGGUUCCAUUGUGCAUAAAUAACCGAGUGAAUAGUUUACACGUUUUUGUGUAUGAUACAUCUUUAUAUAUUUUUUAAAAUAUUAUUCAUUUAUUAUUUCUUGAGUGACAUACGUAUAUAAUAUAUUGAGAAAGUUUUAUAGAAAUAUUGGAUUGAAUUUA